GCGGGGACCAUGACCGUCAUGGCGGAGGGGAGCAGGCGGGUCGCGGUGGUCGGGACGCUGCUGGAGCCCAGCGGCGCCGGCGGCGGGCCCGGGGGCGCCGCGCGCUUCUCCUCGGGGCAGCGGCUGGAGGCACGGAGCCACAAUGCUUCAGGAUGCAACAUCUCUGGCCAGAUGAACUCCACGAGCACGUCCACGAGCUGGCCCGCCGGCUCCCGGCGCCCCUUGUGGUCGGCGGUCUCCCGGUCGUGCUUCCCCUACUCGGUCUACGACGCGUACCGUCAGGACAACGAGACGAUGCAGAUCGGGCCAACGAGGGUAGAUUACAGCCGCCAGGUCGGCGUAAGCAUCCGCGCCGCCCGCUCGCGUCCCCACGAGCUCCAGCUCUCCACCGGCGCCAGCGCGGGCGCGCUGUACAAGCGGAGCCGGGCCAACCGGUCGCUGUUCUACCGGCGCAACGGCGAGGGGCGGCAGUGGGCCCGCUUGGAGGCGGGCGGCGCGCUCCGGACGCCGUGCAUGGAGGCCUGGGUUGCUGCCGAGCAGGGCGCCACGACCUCCAGCCUCCGAGCCGUCGGGGCACUGCGACUGGGAGGCGUCCGGCGGGCUGUACGCCUGCGGGCUCGCACAUCUGCCGCCAGCCAGACGGCAGGGCUCGCCCCGCAGUCGCCUACGUCCGCGCCGCCCGCGGCAGUGUCCAGCCGCUGGAGCCCGCGCCCGCGGAGGUGGCGCUGCCGGCGCGGCGCGGCGCGGCCUGGGCCUGGGAGCAGGCCGGGCAGGCCGACCGAGGCCGCGCGGGGGGGGCGCUGCUCGUGUGAGCUCCGCCGCGGCCCGCAGCGGCACCUCGGGCGCCCGGCGCCGGCGGACGCCGCGCGA